AUGGCCUCCCCUAAGCUCUUCCUUCUCCUCAUCAGUGUCAUCAUCUCCAUGCGAACUUCAAUGCAGACGGCGGCUGCGGCAAAUGGUCGCAUACAUCUCAUCAUGGUGAACAACUGCGCCGAGUCGGUGUGGCCGGCCAUGCUCGGCACCACCGGCCACGCCACGCCGCAGUCGGGCGGCUUCCACCUCGGCCCCGGCGAAGAGACCACCUUCGACGUGCCAGUAGGGUGGUCGGGGCGGGUGUGGCCGCGCCGGGGCUGCUCCUUCGACGCGCGCGGCAUGGGCAAGUGCGCCACGGGCGACUGCGGCGGCGUGCUGCGGUGCGGGGGCGCCCCGGGCGCCACCCCGACCACCGUGGUGGAGAUGACGCUGGGGACUCCACAGUCGCCGAUGCACUUCUACGACGUGAGCCUGGUGGACGGGUUCAACGCGCCGGUUUCCAUGACGCCGGUCGGUGGCGGCCGCGGGUGCGGCGUGGCGGCGUGCGGGGCGGACCUGAACGUCUGCUGCCCGUCGGCGCUGGAGGUGAGGGACCGGGAAGGGAGGGUGGCCGGUUGCCGGAGCGCGUGUCUGGCGAUGGGCAGCGACAAGUACUGCUGCACCGGGGAGUACGGGACGCCGGCGGCGUGCAAGCCCACUAUGUUCUCGCACCUGUUCAAGGCCAUCUGCCCCAGGGCCUACAGCUACGCCUUCGACGACGCCUCAAGCCUCAACCGCUGCAAGGCCAACCGAUACCUCAUCACAUUCUGCCCACCACAACCUGAAUGA